AUGGCGGCCCAGGGGGACUUUGAGGCAAUGGAGCGCGCCUGGACCCGCGCAGUCGAGCUCGCCCCAGAGAACGCCGCCGCGUGGAGCAACCGCGGCACCGCGCGCCUGCAGGCGGGGCGCUGGCGGGACGCCUACGACGACCUGUCGUACGCCCUGCAGCUGGAGACGCGCGCGUUCGGCGGCGACAACGUCGCCGACGGCGUGAGCGCGCUGCUGCUGAAUCAGCUCGCCAAUUCUGAGGGCGCGCUGGGGCGCUGGGAGGAUGCCAUGCAGCACUACCGCAUGGCGGCGGAGGACCCUGAAAUGGAGUCGAUCGCCGCCGCAAACUACGCCCUGGCCGCCUUCGAGACCGGCAGGCAGCAGCUGGCGGUGCGGGAGGCGCGACAGCUGCUCAGAAGGGACCCCUCGUUUUUGGACAUGAGGGCGGCGCUGGUCGCCUUCCUAUGGGCCGGCGGCGAGCCUGCCGCGGCGGAGGGCGAGUGGGAGGCGCUGCAGCAGGCUAACGGCGGCCUCGGCUCCGCGCUGUACGGCCGCGCCUCUGCCGUGGCGCGCGUGCGCAACCGCUGGCCGCCGCGCGCGACGGCGGCGCUGGGCGCGUUCCUGCUGCUCAGCGAUCGCGGGAGCGCAGAGGGUUAUGACGGCCAGAGGCACGAGUAUGUCUUCGAGGCGGCGCGGGCGGGGUGA